GGCGAAUCAGGGAAAAGCACAAUUGUCAAACAAAUGAAGAUUAUCCAUGAAGCUGGUUAUUCAGAAGAAGAAUGUAAACAGUACAAAGCUGUUGUCUACAGUAACACCAUUCAGUCCAUUAUUGCCAUCAUUAGAGCAAUGGGGAGACUGAAGAUAGACUUUGGUGAUCCAACCAGGGCUGAUGACGCUCGUCAACUCUUUGUGUUAGCUGGAGCAGCAGAAGAAGGAUUUAUGACUGCAGAGCUUGCUGGAGUUAUCAAGAGACUAUGGAAAGACAGUGGAGUUCAAGCUUGUUUCAACAGAUCUAGAGAAUAUCAGCUGAAUGACUCUGCUGCCUAUUACUUGAAUGACUUGGACAGGAUAGCACAAACCAGCUACAUUCCAACCCAACAGGACGUUCUCAGGACUAGAGUGAAAACUACAGGAAUAGUGGAAACUCACUUUACUUUCAAAGAUCUUCAUUUUAAAAUGUUUGAUGUUGGAGGCCAAAGAUCGGAGCGGAAGAAGUGGAUUCAUUGCUUUGAGGGUGUUACAGCAAUUAUCUUUUGUGUGGCAUUAAGUGAUUAUGACUUGGUCUUGGCUGAAGAUGAGGAAAUGAAUCGGAUGCAUGAAAGUAUGAAACUAUUUGACAGUAUCUGCAACAAUAAAUGGUUCACAGACACUUCUAUUAUUCUCUUCCUGAACAAGAAAGAUCUUUUUGAAGAAAAAAUCAAAAGGAGUCCUCUCACUAUUUGCUACCCUGAAUAUGCAGGAUCAAACACGUACGAAGAAGCAGCUGCCUACAUUCAGUGUCAGUUUGAAGAUCUGAACAAGAGGAAAGACACGAAGGAAAUCUACACUCACUUCACGUGUGCCACAGACACAAAAAACGUGCAGUUUGUGUUCGAUGCUGUAACCGAUGUCAUUAUUAAAAAUAACCUUAAAGACUGUGGCCUCUUCUGAGAACAGACAAAAGGUGGUUAAAUGGUUUGGAGAACGAUUUCGCACAAUUCUAAACCAAUUCUUUUUGAGAUGAAAGAAGGAAAAAACACAUUGUGCUGACUGAUAGAUCAGUACUGUACUUGCCUGUUUUAACAGCUUUAUUUAUGUUUGUCUUGUAAAUUUAAGUAAUUAGUUAACAUGGAAUUGUCUGUUGAUUGUAUGUAAACUUAAAAUUGUAGUAAUGUAUUUGUAUAAACGUUGAA